AUGAGAGUCGAGCUUGCUGGAAGCAGGAAGGAUAUAUUCCUGGGACCCUGGCCAUUUAUUUUCCUUAUGCUUUGGUUUGCAGUUCCCAGACUGUCAAGAAACCAUGGCCUUGCAUCUUUUAAGCUCAAGUGGUGCUUGUGCCUCCUGGCCCGUAUGUCUCUCCUGCAGCAGGUGUGGGCAUUCUCUGAAGAGGUAGUAGUGGUGGGCCCUUGUGCUUGAGAUCCCUUGUUCUCAAAGGCCCUGCCUGAGGUUGCUGUUCAAUUAGCAAUUAAGCGAAUCAACCGGGACCCAUCAUUAGACCCGGGUUACUCUUUUGAAUAUGUGAUUCUCAAUGAAGACUGCCAGACUUCAAGGGCCCUCUCCAGUUUCAUUUCCUACCACCAGAUGGCCUCAGGAUUUAUUGGCCCUGCCAACCCUGGCUACUGGGAAGGAGCGUUGCUCCUGGGAAACAGCUGGGACAAAGGGAUUUUCUCUUGGGCUUGUGUGAAUCAUGAACUAGACAAUAUAAAGAGCUACCUGGCCUUUUCUUGGACACUCCCUUCUCCCAUCUGGGUGCUUUUAACUGUCAUGAAAUAUUUCCAGUGGGCUCAUGCUGGAGUAAUUUUCUCAGAUGAAGACAUUUAGUUGCACACAGGCAAUCAAGUCGCAAGUGCUCCUCGGAGCCACAGCCUACCUGUAGGGGUCGUCCUGACCACAGGACAAGACAACCAAAGCAUUCAAAAAGCUCUUCAGUGGAUUCUCCAGGCAGACAGAAUUCGCAUAAUCAUAAUGUGUAUGCAUUCCACCUUGAUUGGGGGAGAGACCCCAACACACCUCUUGGAAUGGACUAAUGAUCUGAAAAUGUUCUAUGGAACUUAUGCCUUUGUUCCUUAUGAUACUCUGCUCUACAGUUUACCUUAUAAGCACAUCCCCUACCAGGUCCUCAGGAACAACCCAACAUAUGAUGCUGUAUUGACCAUUUCAGUGGAGUCCCAAGGAAAGACCUUCCAUGAAGCCUAUACAGAAGCAGCAGCUAGGGGUGAAAUUCAUGAUAUGCUGGAAUCAGAUCAAGUUUCACUGUUGUUUAGAACUUUUAUCGCACAAGCCAUGAAUAAUGCUAUGAAAGAAAAUGGACAGGCUAGUGCUGCCAGCCUGGCUCAGCAUUCCAAAUACAUGCAGUUCUAUGGAUUCAACCAAUUGAUAAGGAGAGAUUCAAGUGGAAAUGGAAUUUCAGAAUAUGUAAUCCUGGAUCCAAGCUGGAAAGAGUGAGAGCUCCAUGGUACCUACAGUACGGACAUGGAAAUGGAGCUGCUACAGUUCAGAGGGACACCUAUUCACUUCCCUGGUGGCAGGUCCCCUAGAGCAGAUGCAGAAUGCUGGUUUGCGGAAGGGAAGAUCUGCCGAGGAGGCAUUGACCCUGCCUUUGCCAUGAUGGUCUACAUUACUUUGCUUAUAGCCCUGCUGUCUAUUAAUGGAUGUGCUUACUUUAUAAGGCAUCAUAUCAAUAAAAUUCAGUUGAUUAAAGGACCCAGCAGAAUACUACUGACUCUGGAGGAUGUAACAUUUAUUAAUCCCCACUUUGAUUCACAAAGAGGAAGUCGUGCCAGUGUAAGCUUCCAGAUCAUCUCAGAGGUUCAAAGUGGGAGGUCCCCAGGGCUCUCAUUUUCUUUAGGGAGUCUAGUUCCAGGUACCUAUGAAGACUCCAAAGUAGCAAUUUAUGAAGCUGAAAAGUUCCCUCUUGGAGAUUUUGGAGACUUUAAGUCCAUUAAAUCAAAUGCAAGUGAUGUAUUUGAAAAGAUAUGAGAUCUGCAUCAUGAGAACAUUAACCCUUUAUUGGGCUUCUUCCAUGAUUUGGGAAUGUUUGCCAUUAUUAGUGAAUUCUGUUCCCAAAGGAGCUUAGAAGACAUACUGACAAAUGAGGUUGUGAAACUCCUGCUGGAUCUCAUCAAGGGCAUGAAGCACUUACACCACAGUGAGUUUGUUCAUGGGAGGCUAAAGUCUUAGAACUGUGUGGUAGAUGGGCAGUUUGUACUAAAAGUGACAGAUUAUGGCUUUAAUGACAUCUUAGAAAUGCUGAGACUCUCUGAAGAGGAACCUUCUGCAGAAGAGUUGCUGUGGACUGCCCCUGAACUGUUGAGAGCUCCGAGUGGCAGCAGAUUUACAGGAGAUGUGUGUAGCUUUGCCAUCAUCAUGCAAGAAGUGAUGAUUUGGGGAACCGCAUUCUGCAUGAUGGAACUGCCUGCUGAAGAAAUCAUAGACAGGCUUAACAAGCCUCCUUCUGUGUACAGACCAGUAGUUUCUGAGCAUGCCCCUCCAGAAUGUCUGCCUUUCAUGAAGCAGUGCUGGGCUGAGGUAGCAGAACAAUGACCAACUUUUGAUGAACUAUUUAACCAGUUUAAUAUUUUCAAUGGAGGGAAGAAGACCAAUAUCAUCGAUUCAAUCCUUCGGAUAUUGGAGCAAUAUUCUAGCAACUUGGAAGAUUAAGAAUGUACUGGAGACCUGGAAAUUGAAAACCAGAAAACGGAAAUGCUUCUAACACAGAUGCUACCACUAUCAGUCUCUGAAUCCCUCAAAAAAGGCUUCACAGUCAAACCUGAUGCCUUUGAUUUGGUCAUGUACUUCAGUGACAUUGUGGGCUUCACCACCAUCUCAGCCAUGAGUGAGGUGGAUCUUCUGAACAACCUGUAUACACUUUUCAACAUGAUCAUUGGCAGUCAUGUUGUCUACAGAUGGUGGUCUCAGUCAGGCCUCCCAAAAAGGAAUGGCAGCAGGCAUGCAGCUGAGAUUGCAAAUAUGUCCCUGGAUAUCCUGAGCUACAUGGGCACCUUCAAGAUGCAGCCUGUGCCAGAAGUACCAGUUCAAACAAUGGGCCUGCACUCAGGUAACAACAACCAGCUGGUUGUUGAUGGAGUGACGGGUCUCACUAUACCCAGAAACUGCUUGUUUGGAGACACCAUGAACACAGCUUCUCAGAUGGAAUCAACAGGUCAUGCCUCUCUUUCUUUUAUGGCUUACCAUAUUCAUGUCAGUCUCAGUAUUGUUUCAAUUCUUCAGCCUCUGAGUGAGGGCUAUGAAGUCGAGUUUCAGGGAAGAACAGAGCUCAAGGGCAAAUGCACAGAGGAGACCUUCUGGUUGGUUGGAAAGAAAGACUUCAUGAAGCCUCUCCUUAUGCCCCCACCAGUGCGCAGAGAUGGGCAAGUGGGCCAUGGCCUGAAACCAUCAGAGAUUGCAGCCUUCCAAAGAAGAAAAGCAGAUCAGUUGGUGAGAAACAAGCCAUAA